CAUAGAAAAUCCUAAAAUGUUUGAUGUGGUAUUCUCUUAAGCAGACCAGAACGACGUCGAGACGACUUGGACGAAGGAUCAUACCGCGCCGUCAGAAUGAACCAUGGCGCAGCUACCCUCGCCGCGCUUGCGCCACUACAGGACAAUGACAGCCAUUUGCUUCGUUUGCAAUCUGCCGAUCUUGUCCCAUCAAGUGGGCCUGGUAUGGCAAGGAGGAAAUGGGUGGGACGAUCUGGUGCGAGAACAACUGGAAGAGUCCACGAUCCGUCAGCGACUGGGAGGCCGAAGAGAUUCGGCGACCCAAAUAUGCAGCAUAUCGCCACCGACGGAAACACAGGAGACCUCGCCGCCCACGACUGGUACGACGCGUCGUCGUCGGAGCUCGCUAGCGCAACUGACGGACAUUUUGAGAGAAUGGGGCGGCGGAUCUACGAAAUCGCGGCAGAAGGCUCCUUUAAACAGACGAGAGACACUCGCGGAUUUGGCGAGGAGUUUACCGUGGGGCCGACAAACCACCACAGAAACCGGACCAACACCAAGUAUAUCUACCAGAAAAAGGCGAGAAUCUAGCGCGGAUUCUGGAAUAAAGAGUAUUGGAUCAAAGUCCCGUAGAGACUCGCAUCAAACCGCCAUUUCCGAUUUUCGUUCUGAAGUGGCAAAGUUGUGGCAGAGGCGCGAAUCUAACACGGUCGCCACUGUUAUCACGCCGAGCUCUGGAUCUCGCCGAGGAUCUGGAGAAUCUAGUCGUAGCGGUAGGAGGGACUCGGUGACUCAUUCCCACGGCACUUCCCGUAGAGGAUCUGGAGAAAGUGGGCGUAGUGGCCGUCGAGAUUCAACCACUAUUGCCACACCACCUCCUCCAAAGGUGAUAGGGGCUACUCAUAAAAAAAGGAGAGAUUCUCGCACAGUGAAUGAGACGCCUUCCUACUAUCGUCAAGAGCAGAGACCAUCUACCUCAUCAACGGCUUCCGAUUCAGCUCCCGCUGGUGUUCAAACAACUGCCAGUCACAUUAAUCUUCCGAUUAGUACUGUAACAUCUCACACCAUUUCCAUCGGUACCGACUUCCAAUGUAUGCAACCUCCCACUAUAAUUACUUCGAGCGUUACGCCACCUGCAACUUCGCCUACUGUGCAAGCAACCACCCCAACUCAUCCCCUUCUAUCGACUCGCCGGGAUUCUACCACCCAAUGCGGCAGAUUGGGGCGGCGAGACUCUCGCAGUCAUGCGAGUCCCGAAAGAUCCACGAACAAGUUGUCGCGUUUACAGCGUCAAAAUACGACGUACGACGAGACGUGUUUACCGGGUGGAAAUAGUAGAAGAGGCUCACAGCCGGGUGCGUUGAGCCCGGACGUUGAUGAUACCGGCCGGAAGGCGAGACGCGACAGCUUGAGUCCCGACUCGGCAUCGCGCGGCCGUAGAGAUUCCCGCUCGCAUCUAAGCCCGGAUCGCUCGGGCGAGCGCGACAUUAGCCCUGUCAGACGGCACAGACGCGGCCGCUUAAGAAGGCAAUCCACCAGCGUCGCCGGAAGACGUAGGAGCCAUCGUUCCCCCGACUCUUCAAGCUGCUCCUCUCGCGACCCAAGCCCUUCGAAUCGACCGAUUCCACCGCCACCCGAACCCUAUCGUCCUACAAUACGAAGACAAUCGACAACAGAGGAGAUCUUAAUUGCCAGAGGUUUCAGGCGACAAUCGACGACCGAGGAAAUGAUUAGAUGCCGGAACUUCCGACGACAAAGCUCUCAAAGCGAUGACACCUCUAGGUAUCGUGGAAGGCGCGACUCCUGCACUCAAAUUAUGGAUGGUACUAUUGCAUCUAUGACCGUGGAAACGACGAGCACCUUCUUUGAUUCAAGUACGCAAACAGAACCGUCUCCAUUAUACGAUAACAAUCACUACCACGAGGAAUGUCUCCGCUGCAACUCCUGUGGGCUCAACCUGACGGGCCCGAACCAGAAGCGAGCACGACGCUUCAAGAACCAAAUCUUGUGCGAUUUACAUUUCGCUGACGUGGCCCUUAUGGAGUGUUCGGAUUUUAUGCAACAAUUACGCUCGUUUAAACCACAGUCAUUGGGGUGCGCGGUUGCACGAAGGAAAUCAUCAACUACCCUCAUCUUCCCGCUACCACCACAAGCUUGUUCAGAUGAAUGCCACUAUUUAACUUUAACACUAGACAUAACAUUAAGACACAACGAAUUGAAGUCGCGAAUCAAUCUAGAUGAGGUUAAACAACGAGUGAACAAUAACAACUGGCCAAUCUAA